AUGAAUGCAGUGCUGCUUCUUCUUCUUCUCCUGCCCUCUCUGGGGUACUCCAGAGUCAUUGUGGAUGAACCAGAAUACAUGGUGGUGGAAUCCACGAAAUGUCCUCUGGAUGUGGAUUACCCGAAAUGUGGGCCCGUAAAAGUGGAAGACCAAUGCAAGAAGGACACGGACUGCGAGGGGCGCAGGAAAUGCUGCACUUCCGGCUGUAAGAAGCUCUGCCUCAUGACCCUGAAAGUGAAGUCCGGCCGCUGUCCCUCUUAUGAGCACAGCCUGUGUAACAGUGAGCAGCCAAUACCCCAUGAGUGCCACCGAGAUGACCAGUGUCCCGGCUCACACAAGUGCUGCUACCAGUGCAGGCGACAGUGCACGCUGAUACUGCCGUUUGAACCAACAAAUGGCUUCGAGUAA